UGGAACCAGGUAAGAGAUUGGCCAAUGUAAUCUCAACUGCUUGAGCUUGCUCUGAAGCGAGCCCCGCGUAUGGACAAGGCAGGUGCGGAAGGAGGCGCCUCAGCUGAGGGUACGACAGAAGGUGAAAUGGACACGGCAAAGAUGUGCAGUCUAUUAGCAGUGUUCGCAGUAUUUGGGAGAGUGAUGCUCUUCAGCGCGGCACGGGAUGGUAUAGAGACAGACCACACGAAGAUCUGGCUGGAGUUGUAGUCCUUUCGGGAUCCGUAGUCUACAAAGUAGUAUGGAGUUCGGAUUAUACCCCAGUUUAGUAUUGGCCACAUCCACCAGUUUUUUCCUG